AUGACGACCGAGUCUACGACUCCUCCUGCCGCCCAGGCAGAGGGUGAGAAGACCACAACAACACCCAAGACAACCCGGUCCUCCAAUGAUAGUAGCAGCGUUGCUACCAGUACCACCGCUAGCAAAUGUGCUGCUGUCAGCGCUGUUGAUGCCUCGGACAAGUCAAAGGAGAAUAUGGAGGCCUCCCUUCCGCAUUCGAUCCCCAAGAAGCCGACCAGCUCGGAGAUGUAUUCGGCUUGUCAUUAUGACUAGACUUCUUGGUCAAUAUGGGGACGGACAUGAUUAAGUCAUAUGGGAGCAGAGAAUUGCGAAAUUUUGGGGAGUGCUAUGGUGUCUAGGUUGGGGAGAAAUCUCGGGUUUUUGUGAUCACGACAACAGAGGUGAGGGUAGUAGUAACUCACUGCCAUGAUAGUAUCAUCAUUCUUAUCUUUUUUUAUCAAAUUGCCACAUUUUUUGUGCAAGGGUGUUAGUCGAGCAUGACCGCU